AUGGCUGCCUCGAGGCCCGCACGGCCAAAGCCCCUGGAUUGGUCGUGUCCGCCGCAUCUGGCGGUCUUCAUUCGCAACUUGAAACUCCUCCAUCUGGACCAGCGCGAGGACUGGCCCGAUAUCACCCUCCGCGCACUAUCUCCGUCGUCGCAGAACCAACGCCAGCGAAUUCGCCUGAUAGAAUGGUCCCUGUACUAUCUUUUUACGAUUUGGGAUCCUGAGGGUGCGCAGAAUAAACUCCGUCCCUUUUUCCCACCGCUAGAACCCCUGCAAUCUGUCAACCUUCGCGCAGCUCUCUUCCGUGUCCUGAGCGACUUGAAGAAAAAUGGCGAUCUCGGGCGAGAAACUAUCCUGCGCAAAACCAUGCUGGAUGACUGCAAAGGAGAGAAGUUUGACGAGUUACUUGCAAUCUUCUCCACCGCUGUCUUGCGCAAGUUGGUGGCCGUCUCCGCAUCCGAAAUGCUUUGGAACUCUGCCAUGGCAAUUUCCACCGCCUCCUCGAUAUCUCCAACGGAUUACCAGAAUAUCUUUCCUCUGAUUCUAGCUCAUCAAGUAUCCCUCAAUGCGACGGGGGCACGCCGCACCAGAGUACAGCAAACUUACGAGCAAUUUUCGCAACUCCUCAAUGAUAAGAAAGUCGAGCUUACAGAACGUGCGAGUAAAGAGACAACUCACGACACAAAUCUCCCGCUAGGAGACUCGAAAUCUUUGGCGAACGAGCUCCGGACAAAUUGGCUGGGUAGCGAGGAAUGGGCUACCGCCCUGCUUGAUGGCGGAGCGCAAAGCAGCACCGACGCUUUCCUAGAACUUCCAUUCAAGCAGGCAUGGGCUCGAGCGACAGAGUCUACGGUGGACGAUCUCAGCAGUAGUAGUGAGCCAGACCCGGUGGUUGAUCUAGAGGCCCGGAUUCUCCGGCUCAGAGCUCGGCUACGUCGGUGGCAUGAAUACAACGAUUCCCUUCGAAAGCAGCGGGAUGGUGAAGCUGGCACAACAGGCAUGGAAAGUCAAGAGUCUCAGCUGCUGUUCCGUGGUCAUCAGACUCUUUCGGUGGCGAGUUUAUCUAAGACUGUGCGCGAGUCUGGACCCCGCGAGAGAACACUGAACGGGGUGGAUAAAUCUUUCAUGUCGAUUGUUGACGAAGCUAUCAAUCGCAUCAAUGGAAAGCCCAUAGCAACCAACAAGAAAUUCAUAUCUAAGGAAUUUUUGGAGAAAGAAUCAGCACCAGUCUCAGCGGAUACCCAUGCGCUACUACCUACAAAAGAACCAGUGCUGGACAGGUAUCAAGCUCCAGAUCCUCCAGCCGGAGCCGAUUCUCCAGAUACACCUGUUCAGCACACCAUCGAGACUCGCACUUCGUCUCCUCCAAUUGUCCGGCUCUCGCCAAACCAAGACCCAGAAAUACACGAUAGACCAGACCCAGAACCCCUAAAGCCGUCAACUUUAAACUAUACAUUGGUUGAACGCACCCGCAAAUCAAUGUCUCUUAUCCCACCUCUUCCAGCUCACGAGGCACAACCCCGUCCUCGCCAGCGUCGUGGCCCGCGUCAAUCAUUCCCUAUCAACCAGUUUGAGACACCGCGGAAGCAAUAUCGUCCAGGCACCAUCGCCCGUUCCGGUGCAUCUACGCCUCAAGACAAACUGUUCGAAGAGGAUGCAGACUACGCGAGCGUGUUCAAAUCACGCCCGCGUGUGGCACACAGUCCUAUCUCAUCUCCAGCUGUACAUGUGAGUCCUUCACUGGAUGAGGAGGACUUUGAACUCGAAUACGAUGAAGAAGAUUUGAGGGAGAUAGAUUCACCACUCGUUGCCUCGAGAUUUAGAGCUUGA